UCUUUGCCGGAAGGUGGAGCCCGGCGCCGCUCGGCUCCCCACCCCUUCCUUCCCGCCCUCCCAGGCCUGCGGAAUUGGGGCCCAGGAAGGCCUCCCCCUCCCCCCCCCCCCAAAUAUAAACUGGUUUGGUGGAGAGAGACUGAGGUUUGUCUGAUUCGAAAGCCGUUUACUGUUCUGUUACGAGAUGCAGUGUUUAACCCACCAAUUGGAACUGUUUCCUGACUGCCGUGUUACCCUCAUCCUAUUUAAUGAUGUGAAAAAUGCUGCCACAUUAAGAAAAAAAGCCAUGGAAGGUGCUUUUGAUGCAGCAUUAAUUAACCCUGCAAUGAUUGUUGACCCAUUUCAGGUACUUGUGGCAACCAAUAAAGCUGUUCAUCUUCACAAGAUUGGCAAAAUGAAGACCAGGACGCUUAAUGCAGAAAUUAUAUUCAACCUUUCACCAAACAAUAAUAUUUCAGAUGCCUUCAAAAGAUUUGGCAUUUCAGACAGUGACACUGCAGUCCUCAUUGUCCUGGUUGAAGAUGAAAAGAAAAUGGUGAACCUGGAAGAUCUAACAUGUCAGGUGGAAGGUCGACAGGUUUCUUUAGCAGAUCUCCCCAAAAUAACCGAUCUACAAAAGGUUAAAAAGAUGUUCAAGCUUACUCAACAAGAAGAAAAAACCGGGACGCUACUAGAUGGUAUUAUUUGUAGAAUGGCAACCAAAGAUGUUUCAUGAACAAAUACAAGAACAUCAGAAAAAAAUAGAGACUAUUUAUGAACAAAUGUUUCUUUUCAUAUGUCUGUUUGCUUGGGGCAGUGCUCUGAAAUUCGACAUUAUUGUAGGGGUGGCAUGAUAUUUUAAAUAAUGUUUUUAUUCAUUUUAUUUGUAUACUAAUUGUAUACAAACUGGCCCACAUUUUAAAAUACUGCCAACAUAAUAAUAAAAUUCAUAAUUCCUUUGUUACUCUUUAA